AUGAGGCUGUGCAAGGCAUUGGUUCACUAUUUUUUAUUUCUUUUCCUCUCUCUAUCCGUUUUCCAAUGUUACGGUCAUGAACAUCACACACACGUCGAUUCAGUAACGACGAAAUAUUCACAGCCAGCGGCUAAUAUCGACCCUAUAAACAAUAAUAUAGAAACCACAAAUGUUCAUAAACAUACUGACGAAGACCAUCAUCACGACACAAUUGACGCUCGUUUAAGGGCGAAACAUAGUUUAAGACAAUCCGUUCAUCAGCAUACUGAUGACGAUAAACAUGAAAAUGAGGAAGAUUAUAUCAAUCGAUUGAAUUCAGCACUAGAAGACAAUUAUAAACACGAACAUCAAUUUCAAUAUGCCGUCCCACCUGUUGUAGAUCUUGUUAACAACACACAAUUAGAAAAUCAAACAAGUGAAGAUAUUCAAAAACCACUGCAAACACAUAAUGAUACAACAUCCCCUUCAUCUACAUCUACGCCGACACCACUAGAGCAAAAACAACAUACCACCGAUACAUUACCACCUAUCGAUGAAUCAAAAAUAAUCGUUAAUCAAAAGUUAGACGAGAUCCUCGAUUCAAAAGUACCGCUUGAUCAAGCUAUCCCAUCGUUACAAGUAGAUACAAAUGAACAAAAAUCAACCGACACUCGUCAAGAAAAUAUUGUAAAAGAAGACGUUCUAUUCAUCCAUACAGAAACAUUAUCAACAACGUUGUCAUCUCUCCAACAUGACGAUACAUCGAAAUCGACUUCGACUACUAUUUCACCUAUACCAGUACAGGAACCACCGACUACCGAUACAGUUCGAAACGAUACACCAUCAAAUGACAGUCAGUUGGAAACGAAAUCAUCGACUCCAACACAGUUGCAAGCAGAAGAAGUUAAAUCCGAGACAACACCCAAUGUUAAUGUAUCCGAUACAGUCGUGCGUGACAAUACACCACAAUCGGAUUCAAUGGGACAACAAGUAUCGGAUAAAAUAGGGAAUGUCAGUUCGACCGACGAAAAUACCACACCUAUUACACCAAUAAAACUGAAUGAAGAACAGCAAAAGCCUGAUGAGGCAGUUCGAAGCACAAUCGAGCAAUUGCAAAAGACACCUCAAUCUGACGAAACCGAAAAGAAAUCAGAUGAGAGCUCAGCAGCACAUACAGAGCAGCCUACUAUUGUUCAAUCAUCAACUCCCCCUACGCCACCACCAUCACCACCAUCGUCGACGACAAGAGUGUUACGUUCGUCAACGGCUAGACUGGGUGCCAAACUACAAAACCGUCAACGUCACGCACAUGGACAUGGUCAUAUACACGGUCAUGAUCAUGGGCAUGAUCAUAGUCAUUCACACCAAGAACCAUCGAAAGCCAAACAAGAACCAGAAGUUGAAACUGUUACAACAACAGAGAAAACGACUACUGAGGCAACAGUUUCAUCUACUGCAACACCGAUCGCUGAGCAACCUGUCGAAACAUCAGCAUCGAAACAUAACCUUGAACCAAGUGAAGAACUAUCCCCUGCUGUUCACACUGACAACGAAACCAAAGAGCAACUCAAGGAAGCAUCCGAAGCACAAACCACGAACGACACAGAUACACAAACUAACGAUACUGUUGACAUUCAACCCAACGAUGAAUCACAAGUCGACAAUGUAACUGAUAUUCAAGAUCAUGAUCAAGUUCUAGAAUCAUUGAAUGUCGAUGAUUUACCCCGUCAAGUACAUGUUCAUGAUUCAAAGAUUAUUUACAAAGAACUGAAAGAAGAAUUGCUGAAAACUGAUCAGCUCUCACACGACCAAGAGCUUGAAAGCAAUAACACUGCAUCAUCAUUUCUAGCAAACGAGCAUAGUCCACAUUUACCCCGAACAUUGGACAACGAAGAACUUUCGACAACAACUGCGAAAACGAUCGAAGCUACAACCGAACGAACUCCAAUUCAUACACACAUAGAUUCUAACGUUGACGAUGUAAACAAUUCUUCUAUGCUAAAAUCGAAUUAUACUGACACGUUAUUACCAAUUGAGCAUCGACAAGUUUGUUGGCGUUUACCGAAACCAUUCGAAUCUAGUGUGGUAUUAGUUGAAAACCAAGCAUUGCGUUUCACCAAUCUACUACCUGAAUACAUUCAAGCGAUAUUUUUGGGUCCUACGGUUGAUCGAGAAAGACUCAUGAACACAGUUUGGUUUGGUUCGAUCUGUUCCAUCUGCUUUUUCUUAAGUUUCAUUUUUCUCUCCGUGGGUGCUAAACGUUUGAAACAAAGCAAAGAUAUAAAAGAAGUUCGUGCUCGUUGUCAACAAUUACAACAAUAUAACAAUCAAUUAGAACUCGAACGUGCUACAUUCGAAAAACAAAAUCAAAAAUUAUCGGAUGAAAUCGAUGAAAUGAAAACCCUUCCUAUUCGUGAUGCCGACGAAGAAAUUUUCGAUCUGCGUGAUAAAUACGAACGCCUUUAUGCUGAAUUUGAACGUAUAGGCUCAGAUUACAAUCUGGCUUUGAAAGAUAUUGAUUACAAACAAAGCCUAAUCCAAAAACAUGAUUUCGAUAUGCAAAAACAGGCAGAAACUGCAGCACAUUUAAAUAAUGAAAUUCUCCGACAAAAACAAGAACUAGAAAAGGAACGUGAAACUAUUGCGCGAUUACAAUCCAAUGAUCUUUCAUUAGAACGUUUCGAAACAUUACAGCAAACUAUCCUUGAUCAGAAAGCAGAGAUCUCCCAAUUGAAACAAGCGAAACUUGCUCAAAUUGAUGAAUUGGAAAUAGUUCAAAAACAAGCGAAACAACUAGAUCUUGAUAACAAUCAAUUAACCAUCAAAAUGAAACAACUCAAAGAUUUACUUCAGCAACAAGAGGAAACUAUCAAUCGUAUCAAUAGUAAAGCAUACAAUGGUAAUGAUGACGACGAAAAGGAAUACAACAAUAGCGAGAACGGCAAUGCUGACGAUGAUUAUGACGAAGAAAAAACAAGAGGCAAGAUCUCCAAAACCAAAUCACUCGAACAGACUUCCGAUGAGAGUCAACGAGAACUUCUGUCAAAAAUUGAUGAUGACGUCGAAAAAGCGAAUCAACAUCUACGUGAUCUUCAUUGUGAAAUUGACGAAAAAACUCGUCGUAUUAAAGAACUUGAUUUGUUACUCAAUCAAGAACGAGAUCGUUGUCGAGAAUUGGAAACAAAACUUAAAGUUGUUCUUGAACUACGAGAACGCGAUGCUCAUCUACAUAUCCGUCAACUUGGACAAACCGAUGCUGAACUAAGAAAAGCACGAAAUGAUACCGAACGUGUGCGCAUUCUACAACAACAAUUACAAUUGAAAGAACAACAACUAGAAGAUGUACGAAAAGUGCUCAAUACUGAACAGACGAAAUUCACUGAAGAAUGCAGUAAACUACAACAUGAAAUACAUGAGAAAUGGAUGGAAGUGAAGAGAUUAACACGAGAAUUGGAUGGAGCGAAGAAAGAAUGUGAAAGUCUUCGAAGACAAAUCAGUAAAUACGGAAACAGUGAUCGUUCCUCACUGGAAAAGACCAUGCAUAAACCAGUGCCACAACAUAUGAAUACUAGUGCUGGUCGAGCAUCGAGCGAUCCAGAAACGAAUGGAAGCUCUCCACCACCACCAAUUCCGUAUCAGCAAGGAGACAAUUUCCGACCGAUUGACAACGAACGCAAUGAUUCGGGUGCUGCUAGUCCAUCAGAAAUGUUCAGAAUGCGCCCACCACUAUUCGGUUUGCCUCGUCCACCAUUCUACCCACCACCAUUCUUACCUCCACCACCUAAUCCAUUCAUGAUGGGUGCGCGAUUUCCCAUGCCGAUCGGAGCUCCACAUGGAAUGAUAUCACCUAUACCGCAUCUGAUAACAAAUGGCAGUGGUGGUAGUGAUGCAAAUAGUUUUGAAAUCGUUGAUUCUACGAAUAUCACCCCGAAUUCUAUCAGCUAUGAUACACAACUAAACGGAUCGGCUGUCUCACCACCACCCGAUGGUAUGAUAUUCCUAUGGAAGUAUAUUGGGCAAAAUGAGAACAAUAUGUUAUAUAUUUUAGGCGAACAACAAGCAACGACAAAAGUUAAGAAACCGAAAAAAUCUCUAAAGAAAAAAUCUAAAACCUCGAGUGCAACAGUAGCGCCUGCCGCGAAAGAGGACGUAUGA